UGAGAGACUGCUCUCUGCUGGGUUGCUCAUCUUAUCAUACCGCAGCUCGUCAAAUCUUACCAUAUCCCAUCCCGACACGGCGUAUGCUCGGGAAUGGACAACAUGAUAUUCUACUGCUGGCCAUGGCAUCGGCGAUUUGAUGACCAAGUAAGUAAGCCUUCAGAUAUGCAACCCACGUGGCGUCCAUAUGGGGGCAGCCACACCUCCUUGCAUGGGGCAGGAGGUAAGAGUUAGGACGUAGGUGGUUUAAGGAGCACAUGCCACCGAAUAACUCAUCUGUGGCACAUCGAGUGUACCAGUCUUUGUUGUACAAGAAAGACUGGACUUCUCUUCUACGUCUGCAUUUGUUCACCCAAUCAACCAAAUGGAUACUUCCUAUGAUCCCAACAUGAUGGACGACGCACGUUUAGAGGCUGCCUUAGGCCACAAGCAGGAGCUGAGAAGACACUUUGAUCUCUUCAGCUUAGUCAGUCUCGGUAUUGUCAUUGCGAACGCCUGGGCCGUUACUGGAGGAACGAUCGUUGCAGCUCUGCAAGAUGGGGGCCCCAUGGCAAUACUGUACGGCCUCAUACUUGUUAGUAUAUUCUAUACACUCAUAUCCGCGUCCCUGUCCGAACUGGCGUCUUCCAUGCCAUCGGCCGGGGACCAAGAAUACGGACGGUUUGUUGGCUUUUUAACCGGGUACCUGAAUGCUUGUGCCUGGCUUCUGUCGGCUGCGUCGAUUAGCUCCAUGCUCGGGAAUGAGGCCGUGACCAUGUACAUGCUCCUCAAUCCCGGCUCGCAAUGGCAUUCGUGGCAGGUGUUCAUCGUUUUCCAACUGCUCGCUUGGAUAUGUUGCGCGGUGGUUUGUUUCGGGAAUAAACUCAUCCCUAUGUUGAACCGAGUUGCUCUUGUUCUCUCAAUGUGUGGUCUAUUGGUGACAGUCAUUGUGCUCGCUGUCAUGCCGAGAAAGCAUGCAAGCAAUUCUGAGGUUUGGAGAAGAUAUCACAACAACACCGGUGGUUGGUCGGAUGGUAUUUGUUUCCUCAUUGGUUUGAUCAACCCGGCCUUCUCAAUCGGAGUCCCUGACUGCAUCACUCAUCUUUCCGAAGAAGUUGUGAAGCCCGAAAUCAGAGUGCCUCAAGGGACGAUGCUCCAGAUGUUAACUGCCUUUAUCACCACUUUUGUCUACCUAAUUGCUUUGUUCUACUCCAUUGAGGACCUCGACGCUGUCUUACAUAGCGAGUUCUCAUCUUUCCCAACAGCAGAAAUCUACCGACAAGCCACCGGAUCCAGGGAUGGUGCAGUCGGACUGGUUGCGGUGCUUUUCCUGACCGCGUUUCCAACCCUAGUUGGAGUCUACAUCACCGGCGGCCGCAUGUGGUGGAGUCUUGCUCGUGACAAUGCAACCCCUUUCGCCUCAUACUUCAGUCAUGUCCAUCCAACACAGAAGAAUCCCAUCCGGGCCACUGUAGCCAUGGCUGGUAUGGUGAGUUUCCUGGGUUGCAUAUACAUAAGCAGUACUACCGCAUUCCAGGCACUACUAUCGUCCUAUGUCGUGCUGAGCACUCUGUCCUAUCUAGGGGCUAUUCUGCCGCAUGUGCUGACAGGCCGGAAGAAUAUAGUACCUGGACCUUUCUAUAUGGGAAGAAAGAUGGGCUUGGUAGUGAACGGAGUGGCUGUGGUCUAUAUCCUUGCUACUAUUGUCUUCUUUUGCUUUCCACUCACCCUCCCGGUCACAGUUCACAACAUGAACUAUUCGAGUGUUAUUGCUGUAGGACUGGUCACUUUGACUGCGUUAUGGUGGUUUGUUCGUGGAAGACGCGAUUACAGGGGGCCGCAGUACAGUGUCGAAAUCGCGCAAAGUCUUCCUGCCGUGUUGGAAACAGAGAAGAAUGGACACUCUUGACAGAAGGCUGCCUGAAAACCAUAUGAUUGUUUUAAUCUCUAUCUCUCAGAUGCCGCAACGUGUAAUAUUAGCAAUUGAAAUCUACCCAGGGCAACCGGCGGAACCCAGCAUAAGUCCAGCACGAACUACUUUCG